AUGGAACCCCUACUAGGGAAAGAACCAUGUCCAGAGACCUCAUUGCAGAGCCCAAAGGCAAACAAACAAGAAGAAGAAGAAGAGAGAAAAGAGAUGGAUCUCAAUCUAUGUAGCAUGGACUCCAUUAAUGAUCAUAUGUUCAAUCCAGAACUCAACCUCAUUGAUUGCCUCAACAAUGGUUCACCUCAAAAUUCAACAGAAACUCCCCAAUUAUCCUAUCCCGGGCCGCGAGUUUUCUCAUGCAACUAUUGCCAAAGGAAAUUCCAUAGUGCACAAUCACUUGGAGGACACCAAAAUGCCCACAAGAAAGAGAGGUCUAUGGCGAAAAGUGGACAACAAAACCAUGAGCAUGGCCAUUAUUCUUGUAUGGCUUCACUCCCUCUUGGAAUUCAGGUUCACUCUAUGAUCCAUAAGCCACCUCACAUACCAAAUUCUUUUGGGGCGAGAAGUGUGUAUGGACAUGGUGGAUGGUCAAGGCUGCCUAUGCACCAACAACCGGUGAUUGGGAACCUAGCCGCGGAGAGUACUUAUCCGGCCACUGUGUUGACCGGACCCUCGUCUCAAGCUGGUGUUGGUAUAUUCAAUACCAAGAGCAGGGUGAUGAGUUCUCUAUCAGAUGAAGAAAUUGGUGGCAAUUGGCGGGGAGAUGGUGGUGGUUUGAAGACUAAACAGGAUAAGUUGAAAAAGCUAGACUUGUCUCUCAAGCUCUAAGUUUCAUUUUUUUAGUAGUCUUAUUUUUUUUUUUUUUUUUUUUUUUUUUUUGUCUUUUUCAAGGUGUCUGUGAUCUCUCUUUUGCUGCUUAAUUGUAGAAUCAGCAUAGGGUUUGGUGGACGAAUGGGCAAGAGAAGAAGAGAUGACUCAUUUGAGGAUAGACAAAAGGUGUAGUGAUUUAGGAAGUGCUACUACUACUUAGCCAAUGAUUUGUCAAAG